AGUUGGAAGGUGUCCUUUGGAAGGGUUUAGUUAGAAAAGCAUUCUGUGCCUGGGUGUUUGGCAUCCUGAGAAGAUGACUUGGUAGGUGGAGAACAGCAUUGCACUCUGCGCUUCUGUCCUCCCAUGCGCAGGAAUCACAGCUCUCAGCAGCAUGGCUCUGCUGGAUAGCACGUUACUGACAGUAAGGCGAGUCUCCUUCUUUGUGGCUCAUCUGUCUCUCGGUGUUGCAGGACCCGUCUGGUGCAGGCAAUCCGGUGCCGCCCCAAGCGCCCGGUGUGCAGUGGAACAGCGUCCUGCAUCCUUCCAUCAACCAGUCAGGCUUUGUGCAAGACCCAGGUAUGUGAGUUGGGUUUGGAGCUCAUGGUACAAAUCUGUUUGUGAAGCUGGGUGCGUAAGUGAGAAGUGCCCGGCCUGAUGACGUGCAUUCUGUGCUGAGAUAGCACCUGGAGGCUGUGCCAGCGCUGUUUGCUGCAAGCGUUCCGGCGCCUGGCACCACGUUUGACUGUUGCCAGUCCUUCGGCCUCUGAGUGUUCGAUGCAGGCCAGUAGUUGGGCUUGUAAGAUGUUUCCUCUGGCUUUGGCAAGACUUUCCUAUGACUGCUGGUUUUCCAAGCUCCGUGACCUUAAGCUUCCCAACGAGGGGUGGCUGUGACGCUGUUGGGUCUCAUUUCCCUGUGUGACGGUAAGGGAAAAUGAGCCCAGAGUUUCAGCCUUGGUGGCUGAAGGUAUGUUCCUUGGGUGAAAGAGGAAAUGGAACCUGUUAUCUUAGUGGGUAAUGCUGGCACCCUACUAGCAACAACUGCAAAAUGUGGCUGGGAUGGUGCUGGCAGGGUUCUGUCAGUGGGCCCUGCGGGCCUUUGUUACUAAAGACACGCGUGUCCAGCGGCACCUCUGGGUCCUUCACUCACUGCCUGCUCCUCUCCCUGGGUGACCAGGUUACUUGCAGAGGAAUGCUCAGAUGCCGCAGCACAGCUCUUCCCAGUCCGGCUCAGCCUUAUUUCUCCAUCUGCCUUCUGGAGGACAGAUGCACGCUGCAGUGGGGCCAUAUCAGCAGAACUGCACGGGAAGCCACAGACCCCAGGCCGGGCAGCACAGCCCUCAAGGAGCUUAUCCCGUGUGGCCCAACUGCAGCGCUCUGCCCGGUGCCAACUUCUGCAGCGCAGGACUGGGAGGAAGCAUGAACCCGGCGGCAGCAGGGAGCCAGUUGCGUGGCAGCGUUCCUCCUCAGCUGGGGGCAGGGAUGCGCCCCCCAGCAGGUGGCAUGGCUCACAGAGCACAAGGAGCAGCCGCCGUGUGUGCUGCUGCCAGCGCCAUCCAGAACUGGCCACCCGGUUAUCCCAGUGUGAACCAAGGGGGAAUGCUGGGCACUGGACCUCCUUACGGACAGGGAACUAACAGCAUGGCUGGUGUGAUCAACCGCCAGGGCCCACCUUGUGCCAUGGGUGGGAACAUGGCUAACGGCUCUGCAGGGGUGGCAGCAAGUCCUGAAGUGAUGGGUCUGGCGAAUGUCAAAUUAACUCCUGCAAGUAAAAGAAGAAAGAGGGGAGAAGAGACCCAAAAAGCAGAACUCCAGUCAAAGGUAAAACUUCUGUUUGUUUGUUCGUUUGUAAAUGACACAGUGUAUGUAUCUAGUAGUGAGUGCAGCGCCCGAGAGAAACCCAAUGUGACUUGCCCUCUGCUGCGAGCAGAGCUGCCAUUAGCGUGGCUGUUUGCACAGGAUGUGAUCUUGCUGCUCCGUGUGAGCACAGUGUUAGGUCAGCAGCGCGGCCAACGUGGUCUCAGCAAAGUAGAGACUGUGCCAAAAUCUACGUCGUGCUGCAGCCCUGGGGAAUGCCAUGUGCAGCUGGCUGAGGCGUUUCCUGACAACCCCAGGCGACCGAUGGACAGCAGCUGCACCCCACCUGCCAAGCGGCUCAAAGCGGGGAUGCACAGCGUCCCCUGCAGCGCCGGGCAGGGGCAGCCGCAGCAGCAGCCCAGAGCUCUGGAGAAUGGCACCGCUCCCAGCAAAUCUGCAUCCCCACAGCCAGGGAGGGGAAAGAAGAAGGCAGGACCGCCGAUAUCCGCCGCGCAUGUGGCACCGGCAGCGGAACGGCCUGCCAGGAAGCGACGGGCCGUCUCCUUCCCUCCGGGAUCGGUGGAAGCUGCCAAGCCGGUGUUACAGAAAAGGAGGCGGCUGACAGCAGCAGAUGUUGGAGCUCCUGCAGCCUGGAGGGUGAUGAUGUCCCUGAAGUCUGGGCUGCUCGCUGAAAGCACGUGGGCCUUAGACACCAUAACUGCCCUGCUCCACGAUGACAGCAGCGUCGCGUCCUUUGACCUCAGGCAGCUGCCCGGCCUGCUGGAAGUCCUGGUGGAGUAUUUGCGGCGCUGCCUGAUCGAGGUCUUUGGAAUCCUGGAGGAGUACGAGGUGGGUAUUUGCCCAGGGCAAAGCUCACUGUGUGGGUUGGAGAGCGCCCACCUGCUCUGGCAGCUUGGCGGCGGAGAUACCACUGAGCACAUCCAGACCCACUUGGAGAGCAAGAGAGAGCGCUCCGCGGCUGAGAGCAAUGGAAAUGCUCGGGAAGGGCAGGCUGCUCCAUCCGACAGCUCCUCAGCAAUUCUGGAGGAUGAGCCUCGCAGCAGAGACGAGGCACUGCUCUGCCUCACCCACGACUGGCAGGACUCUGUGGCGAAGCGCUGCAUCUGUGUGUCCAACAUCAUCAGGAGCUUGUCGUUUGUGCCGGGCAAUGACGCCGAGAUGUGCAAACACGCCGGGCUGCUGCUGAUCUUGGGGAAACUGCUGCUCUUACACCAUGAGCACCCAGAGCGCAUGCAGGCAGCCCUGAGCUUGGAGAGAGAGGAGCUGGAGCAGGACCAGGGGCUGAGCUGCGUCCAGGAGGAGUGGUGGCGGGACUGCCUGCAGGAACUGCGUGAGAACACACUGGUGACGCUGGCCAACAUUUCCGGCCAGCUGGACCUGUCCCCUGUCCCAGAAAGCCUCUGCUUGCCCAUCGUGGACGGACUCCUCCACUGGGCAGUGUGUCCAUCAGCAGAGGCCCAGGACCCUUUUCCAGCGCUGGGGUCGAAUGCCGUCCUCUCCCCUCGGAGCCUGGCUUUGGAAACGCUCAGCAAACUGAGCACCCGGGACACCAACGUGGAUUUGAUCCUCGCGGCUACCCCCACCAGCCGCUUGGAGAUGCUGUACAGCAGCCUGCUGCGUUUGCUCCGCAACAGAGAGAGCCCGGUGUGCAGAGAGAUGGCGGUGGUCCUACUGGCCGCCUUGGCACAGGGGGACAGCCUGGCAGCGAGGGCGAUUGCCUCGCAGGAGGGGAGCGUCGGCGACUUGCUGGGCUUCUUGGAGGACGGCCUGGCCGCCGCGCGGUGCCAGCAGAGCCAGGCCGGCCCGGUGCCCGAGCAGAACGCGCCCUGCGAGCCGCCGAGCGUGGACAUGAUGCGCCGAGCGGCUCGGGCGCUGCUCGCCCUGGCUGAGGUGGGCGAGAGCCGCUCGCAGUUCACGCUGCACGAGUCGCGGCUGUUGGACAUCUCCGUGUCGCCCGCGGUGGAUUCCUUGGUCUCCCAGGUUAUCUGCGACGUGCUGUUCUUCAUUGCCCGGCCCUGACAGCUGCGGGGUGCAGCUCACCCUGCGUGAGCGUGCGUGAGCGGAGAACUGAGAAGCCGACGGUUGCCCUUUAUUUAUGCACAGCCACCUCGGGAAUCCGCUGCCUGCCCUGCGCUGUCCUGCUUCUCUCUUGGAGGAUGAUGUCCCUGUUUCCUUUCCCCUUCUCCUUCAAAUUUCUUCAAAUUUGUCCCAAAUCCCUCAUUAAAAGACACAAAAUUCUUUCUACGCGGACGACUCUCACAUUUUGUUUUAGCCAAAGUUACUGUCUUCUACUGUGCGUGUGGGGAGAACAACUUGUCCCCCUUUCCCCACCCCUUUCUAGCAUGACGAGUCACCGCGCUGAUGACCUGCAGAGCGAGAUGCAGGUAUUUGAU